GAGACAAAUUUAACGAGCUUGAAACCUGCAACCGGGAACGACGUUGGAUAACCUCACAUUCAACAUGCCCUAUGAAAACAACUUGCCUGCACUUGAAUCAAUCCUACCAUAUGCCGUCGUAAUCCUUUUUUGCGUAGUUGUCUUGAUCGCAACCAUUUUCUUCUACACUGAAAUACAAAAUAACCACCAAAAACGAAUCGCCGCUAGCAGUGAUGACAAGGAUUGUGGCAAACAGCCACGGUCCCCACAAAAAGCCGCUGACCCCAGGCCUCCAACGCCGGAUGAUGGCGACGGAUCACCAAAGAAAGAAGAGCACUCCCCUGUAGCUCCUGUCCAUGUUGAAACGGAUGAGGAGGAGAAGGAGGACGUAUUUUUUGGAACAUCCAUUGCGAACAACAUGCCGAUAAAGCUGAUUUACAGUAUUAUGGAUGAUGAGAAACGCAAGUACAGACAUACCGUUCGAAUGGUGGAGCGCGGCCGUGUCGAGGAGAAGCAAGACAGAGUGACCAUCCAUUAUGAGGAUAUCAUUGUCGAGCAAAUUCCGUACUCACAUAUUAUGAGGGUCACAUACUUCGAAGACCAUGUAUCCGUGGUUGUAAAGCUCGACGGCAUGGACCAUAUCGUUGUGAAGUUUUAUGGACGGAAGGAUCAGAUGGAUUUGAUGUACGAAGCUCUGAAGCCUCACAUAACUGUCCCGCCAGAGGGCUGCCCCAGCGCUAGGGCGCGUGCUGCGAAUCGCUCACCAAGCCCCUCCAGCCGCACCCUGAACCGCGUCGUUUCACGCCGACCGGGUAGAAUCGACUUGAGCCAGGUAAAAGCCGCGGUCGCAGCCGCGACCCGCCCCGAUCGAGAGUUGAGCUCGAUAGCAUGCGCAGCCUCCCCGGAACGCACCACCAGUGGGGUAAUCACCUUGGCAGAUUACGAGGACGCAGAGCCCUACGCAACAGAGCCAUACCCAGUAGGGUCCAAAGACGAAGGGACCGAGGACGAAUCGAGGCAAGACGAAGGAGCAGCAGGGGGCGCGGCCGCAGCCGCAGCAGCAAAUCCAGCCCCAGGCUUCGAGAACGUAAACCCGGCUCUUCUGAAUGACCCGCAAUGGUUAGCUGCCCUUCAAGCUACCGGUUAUUUUGACAAGUAG